AAGUCAUGUUCGGCAGGUCUGGCUAUCGGGCGCUGCCGUUAGGGGAUUUUGAUCGUUUCCAGCAGUCAAGUUUCGGCUUUGUGGGUUCGCAGAAGGGCUGCUUGUCCCCAGAGCCGAGCGGCGUGGGGCCGGGGCCCGGGCCACAGCUGCAGCUUCGGAACCAGCGUAGCCCCAUCUUCCCGAACCUCAGCUCAUCACGUUACGGUUUUCAGGAUAGCCCAUCGUGCAUAAAAAGAAAACAGAAUCCUAGGCGGAGGAGGCCACGAGCAACCUAAAAGCACCUUCAGAGAAAUGGAAAAAGAGUCACCCUAGGGUAGCAACGCAGGGACCAGGAGUCUCCUGUGUACUGGUGAAGAUGCACAGAACAAAAAGGCAGGCCUGCAAUCUCCCCAUCUUGUUUGCUUUGGCUGUUCUUACUCCAGAGCCUUCUGCGGCUCCUUUGGCUCAUACUUCUCAGCCUGACCUUGAAGUAUUUGGGCCCUCUGUAGUUCUUCUGUAUUGACAGUACAUUGAACGCUUUGGCAUUGGCGAAUGAAUUUCCCGUCUUCUGCCCUCUGCGUUUAGGAUUGCCUCUGACCAAAGAUUUCUUUCCUGAAGAGGUCAGAGUUUGGGACUUGGCCCUGCAGGCAGGUGCUCCCUGAAGGAUAAAACAAAUAUUCUAUCAAAAUGCCUUCCUAUCUGGGGCUGUCUGCUUAACAGCCAUUUUCUUCUUGGUUCUCCAAGGGUUAGAAUCUUUGUCUUUAGCCUCAUCUUCCCAGCUCUUCCCUUCAAACUGCUUGAAUGGAAAUAUACAUUUUAAAAAUUAGUGUAUUAAAGUGGGAGUAAGGACUAAGCUAGAAAGGGACACUUUAGUCUCACUGUGACUCUUAUUGAUGAACAAUGACCAUUUUGGCCUUUUUCAUUGAGGCCUUUUCUCCAUAAGGACCCCUUGAAAGCAUACUUCUGGUAAAAGAGGAAUGUGCUAACAGCAGCAGUGUUAGUUCCACCCAGCGUGAGUGUUCUCUCCCAGGUUUGGAUGGACAAUACACAUUGGAAAAGGAAUUGUUUAUUCUUGCUAUGUGUUCUCAGAUUCAAUGGCUCUUACCUGGGAGAGAAAAGCCUUAUGUAGGGUGUUGCACUUGAGACCAGUUAGUUAUGAUAGGUGGUCCCUAACCAGCUAUGGGGAGCCUCCUAAGCAGAAGACAGGUAAAGUGUUCGCAUGACCCACUGUACUCAUGGGAUACUGUACUUGAAGUUGUCUUGCCAGGCCCAUCUGGUAUUCUGUGGUUGCUUCUGCUCUUUCUUCCCCAGAUGCACCUGAGAGCUGGUCCUCCUGUCUCUGCCAUGGCCUCAUCAGUUUCCUGGGGUUCCUGCUGCUGCUGCUCACCUUCCCCAUUUCUGGUUGGUUUGCUCUCAAGGUCGUGCCCACCUAUGAGAGGAUGAUCGUGUUUCGACUGGGCCGGAUCCGUACCCCCCAGGGGCCUGGCAUGGUUCUUCUCCUGCCCUUUAUUGACUCCUUCCAGAGGGUGGAUCUGAGGACCCGAGCCUUCAAUGUUCCUCCUUGCAAGUUGGCCUCUAAGGAUGGGGCUGUGUUGUCUGUGGGAGCCGAUGUCCAGUUUCGCAUCUGGGACCCAGUGCUGUCUGUGAUGGCUGUGAAGGACCUAAACACAGCCACUCGAAUGACGGCCCACAAUGCCAUGACCAAGGCCCUACUCAGGAGGCCACUGCAGGAGAUCCAGAUGGAGAAGCUCAAGAUCGGUGACCAACUCCUGUUGGAGAUCAAUGAUGUGACCAGAGCUUGGGGACUGGAAGUAGACCGUGUAGAGCUGGCAGUAGAGGCUGUGCUGCAGCCACCCCAAGACAGCCCAGCUGUGCCCAGCCUGGACAGCACCCUCCAACAGUUGGCCCUCCACCUGCUGGGAGGGAGCAUGAACUCAGCAGUAGGAGGUGCUCCGUCCUCAAGACCAGUAGACACCUUGGAAAUGAUAAGUGAAGUGGAGCCGCCUGCCUGUCAUGCUGGGGCGGGGGCUGAGCCCAGCCCGAAGCAGCCUGUGGCUGAGGGGCUUCUCACUGCCCUGCAACCUUUCCUGUCAGAGGCACUGGUCAGCCAGGUUGGGGCCUGCUAUCAGUUCAACGUCAUCUUGCCCAGUGGCACCCAGAGUAUCUACUUCCUGGACCUUACUGCAGGACAAGGCCGAGUGGGACAUGGAGCACCUGAUGGCAUCCCUGAUGUGGUGGUGGAGAUGACGGAGGCAGACCUACAGGCCUUGCUGUGCAGGGAACUGCGGCCCCUGGGAGCCUACAUGAGUGGGCGGCUGAAGGUGAAGGGGGACCUAGCUGUGGUCAUGAAGCUGGAGGCUGUCCUUAGGGCCUUGAAGUAGCAGUGUUGGUUGUCCAUCCAUGACCUAACCCUGAACCUGGUGCCAAGCCAGAGAAACCUCUUGGGAUAGGAGGAGUUGGUCUGGGCCACAGAAAAUUGAGGCCUGAAGAUGUUUCAGGCCCAACCAGGAGCCCAGGAGGCUGGGAGACAUCUGCUGCUGGCCAGUGCUGAGUCAGGUGCCUGGCGCUUUUCAGCUGUGGUGGUGCUCUGGACAGGCCUUUGCGUAUUCGAUCCCCAACAAAGUGCCUAGUCCUGAGCUUGCUACAGAGUGAAGACACACAGCCCAGCCCGCUGAUAACCUGACUGGACAGACAAGAGACACAGAAGCAGCCUGUGUAUCCCCCGUGUGAAAGACCAAAGCGCAUGGACCGUGACUCUGACCCCAGGGAGAUCAGACAGUAGGGAAGAGCAGGGAGGGCGGGCCCCCAGAAGCGGGUGCUGCAGUGGGGCCGGCCAGCCCCAGCUUGCUACUGGCAAGCCAGACAGGCUAGGAGGGGAGGGCAUGGACAGAGGAGAGUUUGUCUUUCCGGGGGACUGCUCCCGAAGACACCUGGUCUCAUUCCUCAGUUCCAUCCUGCAUGCUUGAGGAGCUGGGCUCAGGGCAGCAUGUGGGGAGAGCCCUGCUAUCCUGUGCUUACUAGAGGCUUGAGAGCCUCCGACAAAUAAAUGUGGCGUUUACAGUGUGCAGUGGAGAAGCACAAGCUGGCUGUGGGGCGUGGUGGCGUAGGGAGGGUCUAUAAGACCCUAAGCCCAGCCAAGGGCCAAGGCAUUUGACUCAGCAUUUGAAGCUCUUCCUUCUGGGUGUCUCACAUCCCUGAAAGUCAGCGUGAGGUAGCUGUGGGUUGCUCUGUGUUUCUUUUUAUAGUGAGGAAACAGAUUUACCAGGGAAGUAGGACAUGAAUACAAAUACUAACUUACUGGAGAGCAAGAUGAGGGGCUCUUAACAUGCUCAGGAGAGGAGUCGGAGCCACUGUGAGCAGCCCUCUUGCUGCCCUCAGAUGUUGUUGCUUCCCUGGCUGAUGAGAGAGACCCAGCUCGAGUCCUGGCUCUGGGCUCAGCCUGCUUCUGUCCCACUGAUAGGGCCCAGCUCAAGGCUAAGAAGUGAGCGUAGUGUCCUAGAGAGGCUUGUAGAGGAAAACCAAACACCAACCCAAGCCCUCGGCUUGUCUUCUGCCAGUGCCAGUCGUUUCUCCUGGGCCCUGCACUGUGUCCCUCUGUCUGUUCUGGUGCCAGACACUGUCUUGCAUCGUAGGCCUCCACCUGGCCUGGGCACUUCCCUCAGAGCCUCCAUGGGCCCCACAGACAGUGGGGAUCCUCUUGCGGCUUUCUCACAGAGGCUGGGUUCCCGAGCCACUUCUCUGGGCCCUGCUGGCUCCCCAGUGUCCCUUAGAGCCCUUCCCUCCUGGCUGAGCUCCCUCAGCUAUUGAUAAAUCACUCUCUUGUCUUCUCCCCACCCCCAGAAUACAGCUAUUGCCACUUGAUAUUUUUAAAGGACUAGAUUUUUUUUAACAAAAUAAAAUAUAUUAAGGUAAAAUGGAGAGCAUCAUUCUAAGUUGGACAAGCCAACAGAAAAUAAGAGAACCCCAAGAGAAGGCCCAAGAAUCAGAGACCCCUUUGUUUUUAGAUUCAGGAGUCCUGUAAAAGUACAAAACUGAAAGCAAUAGCAUGUACGCAGGGGGCUGGUGUGCCAACUGCUUCAGCCUCUGAGUUCACGUGAGCUUUGCUCACUUGUUCUGGAGGAAGGACCUUAGUCUCCUGGUGUCCUCUGUCUCCCCCACUCCUCCUUCUGUGGGGUUCCCUGAGCUCUGGGGGGAGCCAUUUGUCUCUAAGGUCUCACUCUACACAAUGUCUGGCUGUGGCCUCUGUUUCUGUUCCUAUCUGUGCUGCAGGAGGAAACUCUGAUGAUGGCUGAGCAGGCACUGAUCUGUGAGUGUAGCAGAAUGUCAUUAGGAGUCAUUUUAUUGUUAUUUUUUUUAAAGACCAGUAGUAUUAGGUUUUACCCUAGGUCUUUGAGCUAUCUGGACUCUGGUUCUUGGCCACCCAAGCAGAGCUGGAUAUGGGUUCUAUCUCUUGGAGUGGGCCUUAAGCCAAAUUAGACAUCAGUUGGUUAUUCCCACAAGGUUUGUGUCACCGUUGCCCUUUAUAUACUACAGGCAGGACAUUUGUAGAUCAAAGGUUUUGUAGUUGGAUUGGUACCUUUCUGUGUCAUAGACAUUAGAACUUGAGGAGUGAAGGUUCUAUAUGAGCACUAACUCAACCCCUCCUUGUUCAAUGAAUUGAAUGGGUGUUGUCUUUAGCAAUGGGGCCUUGCUGUCAAUUUGUGGAGAGCAGCCUAUUUUCUUGGCAACAGCCUGGAUUGUUUAGGAAUUUCCUAUGGCCAACAACUCAAUUGGGUGAAACCCAGUCUUGGCCCUUCAAGCUUCGUUUGGUGACAAGAGAUGGCCAAUAGGGGUUCCAUAUCCCUCAUUAUCUAGACUUCCUUAGGAUCACCUUCACAUAUUGUAGGAAGUUUCCACUGUACUGUUUACAUAACACCCCUCAAAUGAGCUUCGAUUCUAGCUGUCUUUCCCCUUGUUCCCUCUCUCAAUCCCGUCCCCUCCCCACCCGAUCCUCCUGUUCUCCCCCCUCCUGCUUCAGCCCUCCUUCCAGGGAGAUCCACAUUUCUCCUCCCCUCCACCCCCAUUCCCAUAUGCCUUACUUCUCUGGAUUGUAGCGUAUCAUUUAUUUAAUGACUAAUAUCUAGAUAUAAGUGAAUACAUACCAUAUUUAUCUUUCUGGGUCUGGGUUACUUUAUUAUUUUUCUCUGGUUCCAUCCAUUUGCCUGUAAAUUUCUUAGUGUCAGUUUUUUUAAAGAGCUGAGUAAUAUCCCAUUGUAUAAUUAUACCACGUUUUUUAAUCCAUUCCUCUGUUAAGGGACAUCUAGGUUGUUUCCAAUUUCUGGCUAAUAUGAGUGGAGCAGUAGUGAACAGGGAAACCACUUCUUUUCUAUGUUACCAUGCUUCCCCACUGGACCGUUACCUCCCUGUAAGCAUCCUCCUGCCAGUGUCCUGAAGGACUGCUUCACAAAGGAACCUAGGCCUCUUUCCAUGAUCCCUCAUAUACAGAUCCUUGGCAGCUGGCACUGUAUCCCAGGCAGAGUAGGCAGUGACAGGAAAGAUGAGAUCAUAGCUUAAGGAGAAUUGAAACUGAAACUCCCCCGCCCCCCCCUUUUUUAAAAAUGAACUUUUGAUUAACGUUUCUGUUCGGGAAAUGGAAACUUAUGUGGAUGUCUGUGUGGGUAUAGGUAAGACCUACACCAUUACUGUAUCCUGAGUGGGUACCUCUCUGGAUGUGGCUAGCACUCUAGAGAUGUUGCUUACAGGCUCAAAUGCCCCUGGGCCUGGAACACAGGGCAAACUGGGCAUUCCACAGGAGAAGGGACACAAAGACACCUAAAGUGUCAAGUCAGAAUCUUCCCUGAGCCUGCCAUUGGGUAGACCACUAAAAGAGGGAAAGACAGGACAAACGGACACCCGUGUUAGAGCACAAGGGGAAGAGACUGGCAGAAACCUAAUUUGAGUAGAUGGAAUCUGAAAUAUGAAGACUCUGUGCAGGGAAUUUUGAGGAGCUAGAAAGAGUAGUUAUCAUUAUGUACCUACUGUAUCCCUGUAGUGAAAUAGAAACAGUAACUAUAAUUGUAUGCCUACUGUAUCCCUGUAGUGAGCUAUAAAGAGUAGCUAUUAUUGUAUGCCUAGUGUAUCCCUGUAGUGAGCUAAAAAGAGAAUCUAUCAUUGUAUGCCCACUAUAUCCCUGUAUUGAGCUAGAAAGAGCAACUAUUGUAUGCCUACUAUAUCCCUGUACUAAGCCAGACACUUCUAUUCUCCCCUCAGAAUAAUCUAGUGAGUAAAUGUUAAUGGUUAUUCCUUGCUAAUUGAUAUAUAAAUAUUUACAAUGUGGUA